GAAGCGCUUUUCAGUAUCCGGAAGGAGGCAAGAUGGCGGCUGUAAGACCGGGACUGGAGUGAGCAGAAAACCUUCCUUCUGGAAACGGCCUUCCCUUUUCUAGACCAAGGGCUGAUCCCUGGGCCAUCAGCCAAAAAGGUUCAUUCAUGCAUCAAGAGCCGCGUCUUCCCCUUUGCCAAUAAAUAAUUUUUUGAGAAGACGGACGAGCCGCAAUGACUCAGCCACCGAGACACCACGAGAAUGGGGCCUGUUCCUGCCACCCCUCCCCUGUGCAGAGUGUUCACCAGACUCUGGAUGAGAUGGAUUUUGAGAGAGGGAUCUGGAAUCCUGCAUUGAAUGGAGACCUAGAAGGGGUCAAGAGACACAUCCUGAGCCGUGGGAAACCUAAUGAGCCAGACCCUUUUGGAUACACAGCUUUGCACUAUGCCAGUCGCAAUGGGCAUUAUGACAUAUGCCAUUUCCUCCUGGCCCAUGGAGCCUCCUGCAAUGUCCGCACCCAUGGCGGGGCCACCCCCCUCCAUCGAGCAGCUUACUGUGGCCACACCGCAAUAGCCAAGCUGCUGCUGGGCCACGGAGCUGAUCCAGCUGCCAUGGAUGACGAUGGGAAGACCAGCCUCCAUAAGGUAAGUGAGGAACGGCCUGAAGAGAAAGUUGGCUGUUUUGCAGCACGCACAAGAGGGACAGCCUGGGAGCCUGAACGUUGGCGCUCUGGUCCGGCUGCGCCCUGGUGGGAAUCGGUGGAAAGAGAGAAGCAGAAAGCGGAAGACGAGAAGAAGAAGAAGCUUGAGGCCCUCAAUAAUGCCAGGUUGAAGAUAGACACCCUGGAAGACUUGGCGGCCAUUGUCAAGCAUCACAAGCAGAAGAAGAAAAAGUGUAAGAAAGUGGUCCUCCCCAAACCGCAGGAGCCGGAAAUUAUUAUAGAAUCGGUGGAGCCAGAGCAGUUUCUUGAUGCCGCACUGGAGAACCGGAUUCUUGUUAUCGAUAAAUAUCUGGCCGAUGGCGGGGACCCCAAUAUCCAUGACAAGUUCAAAUGCACAGCCCUGCAUCGAGCCUGUUUGCGGGGACACAAAGAGAUCGUGGACAAGUUGCUGGAAGCAGGGGCCAAAGUCGAGCCAAGAGACAUGCUUGAGGCAACCCCCUUGUUCUGGGCCUGCCGCGGGGGACAUCUGGAAAUCCUCAAGGCACUGAUCAGCCGUGGAGCCAAGAUUUCUACCCGGGACAAGCUAUGGAGCACACCCCUGCAUGUGGCGGUCCGUACCGGCCACUCUGACUGCGCUGAGCAUCUCAUUGCCUGUGGAGCGAAAAUCAACGCCCAGGAUAAGGAAGGAGAUACACCCAUUCACGAUGCGGUCAGACUAGGACGAUUCCAGGCGGUAAAGACCUUGUUGAUGUACGGGGCAAAUCUUAACAUCCAGAAUGAGGAGGCAGUCACUCCCGUAGAUCUGGUGAAAGACUGGCAGACGGGGAUACGGGAGACGCUUCAAAUGUGCGCCAACCGGCAGCAAGGCCUAACCAGGAGCUGCUGAAUGUGUGUGGUGGUGGUGGGGGGCUACCUUGAAUAAUUGGGUGUUGACUCUAUAAGCUGGCAGCCCCCCUUUUUUCCCACUCCACUACCCUGCGACCAACUCACCAUCCUUGUCCCUCUUUUGCACCAAACUCUGCAUGUCUGCCUUUCCUCUUCAGCAACAAAAAUUGUGGGGAGGGGUUUCUUGCAUCCCCAGCUGAUACGGGGGGAGUCAGAUGGGCUCUAAGGACCUCCUGCAGCUUUUUCUCUCUCAAGAGACUUUUUGUGAGCAAAGCUGGUCAGGGGACGGGCCUUUGCAUGCCUGCAUUCCUCCAGACUACCUACAGAGGGCAGCCUGGUGGGGCUUUGAGCAAGGCAAGUCUCCAAGCAGCUCUGCCUUCCAGCCUCCAAACUCCAGGGAGUUUAAGCAUCCCAGGAGCCUGGGGGCUGCAAGGAGAAAGGCCAGAGAUGAGGAUAUGUGAGGCUCCCCUGGCCAACUCCAGAUGGCCAAAACGGGCUGGAUCCAAGGAGCUAGCAGUGAGGGAUGUCAGUUUUAAGGGAACUAGCCAAUGGCAGAGAGCCAGGUCCUGCAGCUGGCUCUCUGCUCCAAGGGUCAGUCCCACUGGCCCAGCUGCUCCCUGGAUCUGUGGAGGAGCAAGCCCGACUUUUAGGGGAAGCUGAGGUCGAGCUGUCGCUUAGGCAGAGGAAGAUAUUUCUCUCUGGGCACACUUGAAAAUAUAUAUGCUGAACAAAACUCCGCAUUGGUGACAAGAAGGGCAUCUGGCCAUUCAAACACUCUGCUAGCUCCAUUCACUUGCACGAAGGAUUAGGAGGUCGUUCAAUGAAGAUGAUGAUGAUCUGGCCUCACUUCAAACCACAGUGGUGUUCUCUUGGCAGGCAGCUCUCCUGGAAGGGGCAUCUUGUCACAGCCCUCCCUGAUGCUGGGGUUGAGGGCUGGGCGAUGUUCUUCCAGAGGUGGAGAGGCCCUCCGGCCACUAGAGGGAGGCCAAGUUGAAAUCCUCUUGAGCUUGUUACCCCAAAUGAUGAAACUCUUCUUGAAUGAGUCAAAUAUCCCCUGGUGAAGAUAACGAGAGGAUCCACCUUCCUUUUUGGUCCCUCUCUUCAGUUGGUGAAGCCACCAGCAGCUGGAAUGAGCCAACCUGCCAUGGCCAACUCGCCAUAGGACAACUCGCUUGGGGACAAUUCAAUUUAUUGAAGAUAGCUUUCAGAAAUCAUUUUAAUUUUUGCCAUUCAUAUUUCAUUUUGUCCUUCCUUCGGCAUCCUUUCUUUUAAUGAUCCUAUUCCACUAUUUCAGGGCUCUCAAACUCAAGGCCCAGGGGCCAGAUCCGACCCACGGAUGUGGUUAGAUCUGACCCGUGAGGCUUUCCUGGAAAUAGUGAAGGACUGGCCCCUAGUGCCUGCGCUCCAGCCUAGGUCAGCCGGGUACUGAUCUAAAACUUGGUGCCAACCCAUCUGGGCUGGAAUGCAGUCAGCCUUAAAUCCGUGGGGCCAAACUGACGUCAGUGAGCGGCUGCCACUGUCCCCUGGGGACACAUUGGAGACAAUGGAUCCAGCCCCACAGGCAUCCCCGACACAACAGCAAGCUGGCCACAACCACCCUGUUGGCUGCAAACACCCAGCCAUGAUCACCCCAUCCAUGCCUCCCCCCCCCCCACGGUCAACCACAACCUUGAUGCAGCCCUCAAUGAAAUAGUGUUUGACACCCCUGCAUUAUUUCUUCCAUAUUAGUGUAACUCUUGUCCUGCGUAGACUUGGCCAUGACAAUUUGCCCGUGUUGAAUUGUCAUAGACUCACGAGCAGCUGCUCCUUUGUCAUCAUUUCCAGCCACUGCUGAUCCCUGGUUGUCCUCGCUCUCGCUCCUUGAUACAUUAGACAAGAGAAGGAGGCCUACCUUGGUGCUGCUGGCCAAGCUGAGCCCUCCUCCACCAGCACUUGGUCCUCCUAACAGCACAAUUCCUCCAAUAGACAAAGGGGCCAUGUAUGGCCGACAGUGGGUUCCGGCAGGCACUACUGCAGGUUCGCUCGUGUCCGUGCUUUGCACGCACGUGCUUGAUGCAUGUUGAACGUGCAUGCGCAGUGCAAUUAAAAUUGUUCCACACAUGCACAGAAAUGAAAAACAAGAUGGCGCUGCU